CUCACCAGAAAGAUAACAGAGACCCGCAGAGAGAGGAGUGUUUGGAGCUGCACAUGCUUCCUGAGCUGUCUGAGGAGCACUUCUGAAGACGAGAACAGUGGGCGGCUAGUGUACCGACAGUUUCUCUGUAAUCUAUAUCUCUGCGUGAAAAAAAAAGAAAACACAACACCUGAAAAUGGAGCACAGAUCAAGCAGCCGCUGAGGGGAAAAAAACCUGCCUGUGACAGUUUGCUUUCAGUCACCCUCAAGGGGGACGCAGGAAGAAAAGUCCUUCGUCUGUCUUUGCACAUGUCACUGGGGUGCUGAUUGACUGUUCAAAGAGACUCUCAGGAUCCAUCUGAAUCUUUGACAGAGUUCAGCCGGCUGAUUUAAAAAAAAAAACAAGGAGAAGAUGAAACUGCCUCUUUGUUUUCUCCUGAGCUGCAAUCUUGUUCUAAUAGCAGGCUACAACUCCUUUCGGAGAAGCCUCGAGACGCUAGGCAAGAAACAAUACCAAGUCCAGCACGGAUUGUGCAGCUAUACUUUCCUUCUGCCUGAGAUGGACAAUUGCCGGUCUUCCUCCACUACCUCGUAUGUCUCUAAUGCUGUACAAAGAGAUGCCCCGUUAGAGUACGAUGAUUCCAUACAGAGGCUUCAGCUGCUGGAAAAUAUGCUGGAAAACAACACUCAGUGGCUAAUGAAGAUUGAGAAUUAUAUCCAAGAUAAUAUGAAAAAAGAAAUGGUUGAGAUUCAGCAGAAUGCGGUUCAGAAUCAGACAGCAGUGAUGAUUGAAUUAGGCACAAACCUAUUAAAUCAAACAGCAGAACAGACCCGCAAAUUAACAGAUGUCGAAGCACAUGUGUUAAAUCAGACAACACGACUGGAGCUUCAACUGCUGGCCCAUUCUAUCUCAACUAACAAACUAGAAAUGCAGAUUUCAGAUCAGACCAACGAGAUAGGUAAACUGCAAGAAAAAAACAGCCUUUUGGAAAAAAAGGUCCUUGAAAUGGAAAGCAAGCACAUAUCCCAACUACAAUCAAUGAAAGAAGAGAAGGAUAAGCUUCAGUCAUUUGUUUCUAGACAGAACUCCGUAAUAGAAGAAUUAGAGAAACAGUUAGUCAACGCUAGUGCUAAUAACUCAUUCCUGCAAAAGCAGCAACAUGACCUGAGAGAAACAGUGCAAAACUUGUUUGCUAUGAUUACUGUGCCACAACCCUCCAAGAAUGCUUUGGUCCCUGGAAAAGAACAGAUCAGUUUCAAAGACUGCUCAGAAGCAUUCAAAAUGGGGUUUACAUCAAGUGGUAUUUACACAUUACUUAUAUCUAACACAGGAGAAGAAAAAAAGACAUAUUGUGAUAUGGAGACAGCAGGAGGAGGCUGGACAAUUAUUCAGCGACGCUUAGAUGGCAAUGUAGAUUUUGACCGAACAUGGGCGGAAUAUAAAAUGGGAUUUGGGAACCCUUCUGGAGAAUACUGGCUAGGAAAUGAAUUGGUUUCUCAGCUAACCAACCAGAAGCAGUAUGUUCUGAGGAUACAGUUGAAAGACUGGGAAGGAAAUGAGGCAUAUUCUUUAUAUGAGCAUUUCUCCUUAGCAGGUGAAGAACUAAAAUACAAAAUCAACCUUAAAGGGCUUACUGGUACAGCCGGCAAAAUAAGCAGCAUCAGUCAACCAGGAAAUGGGUUUAGCACAAAGGAUGUAGACAACGACAAAUGCAUCUGCAAAUGUUCACAAAUGUUAACAGGAGGAUGGUGGUUUGAUGCAUGUGGACCCUCUAAUCUAAAUGGUCUAUAUUAUCCACUGCGACAGAACACAAACAAAUUUAAAGGGAUUAAAUGGUACUAUUGGAAAGGAGCAGGCUAUUCUCUAAAGGCCACAACUAUGAUGAUUCGCCCAACAGAUUUCUAAAAAAGGUCUGCACUUUUAUGUUGGAAAAUUAUGUUGACAUAAUUUUAAUAUACUUUGACAAUAUGGAUACACUAUGACCAUUUUUUCUGCCUGAACAACAUGCAUAUGCAUCCUAUAGGAAUCAAUAUUUCUACUCCUGAUUUCAGUAUUGCUGAAUUUCAUCACAGUUCAGUCAUGUAAGAAGAAAUAACCAAAGCAAUAAUGAUUUUAAAAGAAGAAUGUUAGAAGGAUUCUGCAGGACCUUUAAGAACUUCAUUUUCAUGAACAUUUAUGAAGUUUGUGCGUAACUGGAACUGUGAAAUAUAUCUAGAUUAUCUAAAAUUUCUUCAGUCUUAAACAUUACUUUAUAUCUUACAAUUGAACUCUUAAUUGCUAUUUUAAAAAGAGCACUGCUUUGUAAACUAUAUUGUAUCUUAUUAUUCAUGCUGUUCCUUGUAAUUAUGUAAAUAUUUUGUAAUUAAUGCCUAUAUCCAGAUUAUUGCCUUUAGUAGUCACAUAUUCAAGGAUAUUUGGUAGCACAUAGUAUAUUUAAUAAGACUGUAUAAAAAUAUUUCUAUAUUUUACAUGUCUUUUCUUUAAAAUCCAGUACAGAGUAUAUAACAGACCACUAUUUUUGUAUGUUGCAUAUCAGAUAUUUGUAAUACCUUUGCAAGUUAUAGAACUCUACAUGUGAGUAUAAUGUAUAAGAAUAUUGGACUGUUCUUGUUCUUCUGUUAAAAUAAUACAUCCUAAUAAUAAUUUCUCAGUAUUUUGGACAGUUUAAAAGAUCUGCUUCUAUUUACUCUAGCUUAAAGGGAAGCUGCUAAUUAAAAGUUUGAACAUCUCUUGAGGAACAUUGAUUUGGGAUUAGUUGACAU